UUGGCCCCAAACACUCUUGAUUAGCCGGGGGGUCGUCAUCGCGAUCUGCCCCGAGUCGAGACCAGCUGCACAUCUUGGACCGACUUCCUAUUGGGACACGAAUGAGCAACCAGGCAAAGCGACACCAAUAAGGCUUAGCGUGCUGCUGUUCGCUCCAUCACAGAUCGGGUCCAGCGGUUGUGAUCAAUCCAGCGGUUCUGUGAGCAGAAGCUGCAGAAGCUGCAGCAGCAGAGCAAUGGAGACGGAGAAGCUCGAGCAGCAGGUCGCGAGCGUGGAGCGGGGCAUGGCCUUAUUGAAGCGGGAGCACCUGGCCAUGCUCGCCGGACUUCAGAUUGAGAUCAGCCGCCUAAAGAGGCGAUGCAGCGAACUCAACUGUGAGUUGGACGCUCGGUUUCCAGCUGCAGAGGAGUGUGUGCUGGUCUCGCGGUGCCAGGCGUCGGAGCGGCUCCUGGAGCAGCAGGCGUGCGCGGGGGCCAGCGUGCGCGCCGCCCUGCGGGCGCGGCAGGCACGGGCCUGGGCCCUGGGCCGCGCCCUGAGGAGCGACCAGCGCCGCUUCCUCGAGGAGCUGAAGCGCCGCAGCCACCGGAUCACGGCGCUGGGCCGCGAGCUGCAGCGGCAGACCCUCACCUCCACCGCCCUGGGACAGCGGCUGUACCUGCAGCGCGGGGGGCUGGGGGAGGGGGAUCAGUGCUCAGGGGGAGCCCGGCCGGAGGGUCCGGGCCGGAGGGAUGUACCGGACGAGAUCGAGCGGGAGGAGGAAUGGGAGUGUGACGAGGUCGAGGAGGACGAGGACGAAGAGGACGACGGAGGGGAGGGCUCCGACGCGCUCCGGCCGCCGGCCCGUCCCGACCAAUCGGACGAGCUGUGCGCGAGGCACGUGCGCGUGCGGGAGCAGAGAGUCCGUGCGUGCGUGCCGUGCGAGAGAGUGACCUCCCCGCAGAAGCCGCAGCCCAUGCCCGACCCCGCCCUCUUCCUGGUGCCGCUCCGGUACCGGCUCCUGCGCUGGAGGCGGGCGCUGAGGGCGCGGAGCGACCCGCGGGGUCUCCAGGAGGAGUGGGAGGACCUGGGGACACGGGGUCUGUUCCUAUUGGUCCACUCGGGACCUAUGUUGCAGGGGCGUCACUAUUUCGUGGUGCUGUUGGAAAACCCCUGCAUCCUGCUGGAGCUCUGCAGUGCUGCCAUGACAACCAACAGCAGCUCCGGGGCACGCUGUAACGCAUACCAAGUGAAGCCAGACUGCUGUCUGCAGCCCGGUGGCACACGUGCAUUUGGGGCGCGGGCCUUUACCCGGACACAUUUCGGGAUGAAGAGGUUCCACACCUUGCCAGAAGGCGUCGCAGACAUCCCGCUGAAGUGCUCUCGGUAUUCUGCUGAGAUCCGCACGGACAUCUGUAAGGUAACCCCCCCCCCGUCAGCAGUCCCCUCAAGACACACGUAG